AUGUUUAAUAUAGGUUUAGUGUUGUGCAGAAAAUCAAAAUUCCCCCAUUUCAUCGGACAGUGUUCGUUCAGAGCUGUGACUCAUGUUAUUUUCGAUCUGGAUGGGACAAUUCUAGAUAGCGAAACCCUUUACGAAUUGAUGUACAACAAGAUUUUGAGGAAGUACGGCAAGGAGUUCAACAAGGAGGUGCGGACAGCCAUCACGGGUACCAACGAGCAGUACGCCAGCCGAAAAGUCGUGGAAAUGCUGGAGUUGCCGAUCACCCCGGAGCAGUACUGGAAGGAGAUCGAGGAGCUCGGCAGGAUACACCUCACCAAUCCUGGAGUCAAGCCAGGAGCAGAGAGAUUGAUCAUGCACCUCUCUGAGAAGAAGGUUCCCCUGGCGAUCGCUACCAGCGGCUCCUUGAAGGGCUUCAAGCUGAAAUCAAGGGGCAGACCCGAUCUCUUCGCCCACUUCCACCACAUCGUCCACGGCAGCUCUGAUCCGGAGGUCAUCAACGGCAAGCCGGCGCCGGACAUCUUCCUGGUCGCUGCGAGGAGGUUCCCGGUCCCUGCCGAUCCGAAGAAGUGCCUUGUGUUCGAGGACGCUCCUAACGGACUGCGGGGGGCGGUUGACGCCGGCAUGCAGGUGGUGAUGGUACCCGAGUACGACUGGGCGAAAGAGGACGUCCAGGACGCCGCCCUGAUCUUGAAGUCGCUCGAGGAGUUCGUACCCGAGCAGUUCGGCCUCCCGGGAUAUCCCACCAACAGCCCGGAGAACCUCCUCAAGACUAACGCAGCCAAACCAUCUGAUAAAGUUGUCCAUUAG